AUGCCUAGAAUACUGGGCUUUGGAUCAAGAUCUAAACAAAAUGAUAUCGAAGCCACCGGAUCGGAUAGCCAUGAGGGCGCAAGCUAUACACCGACGAUUUCAGGAACGUCUCUCCUUCCCGGACCAGUCGCCUCUCUUGUGUCCUUCGUCGCGCAGUCUACCUCUUUAUCGCUACGGGUAGGGACUUAUUUCGGCGGAGUCGCUCUCGAUGGGGCAAGAAUCACAACAUUGACCGGGUUAGAACUGAGUCGAACUGUAAUCGAGGGGAUUCUGACCAGAGCCGGGCGGGAUAUUGCCGUUCGAAGCAGCGGGAGUUAUGGCAAAGCAGAAGCCGAGUCCAUUCUCGAGAGGAGCUUGGCUGCCUUGCAUACGACGAUAACAUCCGCGUCGUUCUUUGCCGCUGCAUCCUUUCAAUUUUCCUCUACAACCCUCUCGUCCGCCUCAAAUAUGUCCCAGGCGCUUCUCUCGACACUCGAUGCUAUCCUUGGGUCUACGGAAUCAUCGAGAGCCAUCGCGGCCAUUAUAACCCUUAUUCGCAAGGAGUUCAGAGAGCAAAGCGCUGAAUCAGGGUCCGAGAAAGUUGGAGUUGGGGAUCUACUGGUUGGGACUGUCGGGUUCGCGAUGCUCCAGAGGUGGGGUAGAAAAAACACGGAGAGGCAUAUCCGUCUCAAUGGUGGACUAGAGACUGUAUGGGAUGUUGUGAUCCUAGACAACGGGAUUCGUGCGGAUGUCCUUGAUAUGCAGCAAAUACAGCCCGUAAACAACCGGCCCGAGAUCAUGCGCAACCGAUCGCGACGCUCUUCAUUCGUAACUCCUGGAAAUGCUGAGGAUGAGUUCGACGUGGUGGAACGUCCGGAAACUGCAAUUGAUGAUUCCAAGCCGCCUUCGGUUAUCAUACCGGACGUUCAGCAUCAUAUAUCUGACGAAGAGAUCCGGAUGUACAUAUUGAAGCAGCUCCCUCGAGGCUGCCGCGCCUCGAUCAAAACAGACACUGUUACCACACAGACCAUCACGGUGAACGUUUAUGACGACGAUGGAGAGAUUGUAGCCCCUCCAGGCACCAUGGUGGUUGAGGAGAGGUUUUAUAAUCACACUGAUGACGGCGGCCAGGGGUCGUCUGUAGGGCAGGCCCCAAAACACACCAUCGUCUUCCGGACCGCAUUCAAUAGAUCGCAGAGUGCCGAUGUAAGGCCACCGUCAAGAAAUCUUGUCGGUCUACGCGAACCGAACAACGAUCAUAGUGAUGAUCACCACCAUGUCUUAUCGGACGACUCUGCAUUUGAGGUUGGGCCAGAGGACACUUGUCACAUCAGCGAUAGGGUUUCGAAAAGUCAGGGACAAGAUAAUCAGCAAUCAGUCUCAGUAUUCUCUGAAGUCCACGAUCCGGGCACACCUCAUCCUUCACCCAGGGAGACGCCGCAAUCAGCAAGACGAGUUUCUGGGACAUUUGGCAGAGGCUCACUGACAAAAUUUGCCCAAAGAGUAAAGACGGGCACAAGUGAAAAAAAGGACCAGUCGAAGAGGUCAUCGUUGCGAUUACCGUUUCAGCAGUCGAACCCUCACUUAACACCAAGCGUCUCAACACAGCGCAGUAAGCCCAGGGGGGCUGCUACAGAACGAAAGCCUUCUGCGCAAGCAUAUCCAGAUAAGCCUACUCGUCAACUGAAAGCAGGAAAAUCAGUCGUACCUUCCAUGAGCGAGACUGCUCACCUUACCGCAAACAGAGGCGUCCCAAGAACUCUUUCGCAAAAUCAUCGAUCACAGCAUAGUUCAAGCACAAAUAAACGUGAUGGCCGUACAGCGGGCCCCAGAGACGACUAUUAUUGGGUGCAUGAGAGUAGCCAAGAGUCUUAUGUUACGCGAACUGACACCUACUCGCCAUCGCGAGAAUUGAGGCCCUCCUCGCCCACGGCAGCUAGCUCGUAUGUCCGCAGCAGUAGCUCGCUGUCACUUACACGGUCCGAGUCAGAGACAACAGUCAAUCUCCGUCCAGAUAAACGACCAAACUCUGCUCAUCGGAGGUCAAAGUCGUACUCAGCUAGCAUAUACUCCUUGGCAACAGCCGGGUCAGAUACCUCCCUUAUACUAGCCCACCGUGCUCGGAAAAGUGCGUAUGACGAUGCUUCAACAAUUCAAGCUCUCAAUAGGGACGGCCUUGUUCCAGGAAUCUUCCCUAAGAGGCAUUUCGUUCGGAAUAUUAGGCGUUUCUGUCGCUUUGCGUCAGCAACUUAUGGGGCUAGUGCUCUCCAGGUCAUGGGUUUACCGCGACAGCCGAGAGGUCCUAACCGCGACAACCCCCACAGUCAAGAGCAUGAUGACUUUUCUCACCACACAGGGCUACCAGCGUCCGCUAUCCUUCUUUCGUCCUACGUUGACCCUGCAGGUGGAUCCAACGCUGCUGGUGAAACUGAAAGCGGCUUUCCCCUCGUCCAUUACUUGUUCCUCGACCACGAAUCGAAAGCUGUUGUGCUUGCGCUUAGAGGGACAUGGGGCUUUGAGGAUGUAUUAACGGAUAUGACGUGCGAGUAUGACGAUCUGGUGUGGCAGGGGAAAAACUGGAAAGUUCAUAAGGGAAUGCACGCUUCUGCGAAGCAUCUCUUGAUGGGAGGUGGAAGGAGAGUCAUGAUUACGAUCCGAGCUGCAUUGGAAGAAUUUCCUGACUAUGGGGUUGUAUUAUGUGGCCACUCACUGGGAGGGGGCGUAGCAGCACUUCUCGCAACAAUGAUCUCCGAACCGACCCACGAGGCAUCGCUUGUGUCCUUCACGACCGCUUCUCGCUCUGACAGAAAACUUAUCCUUCCAAACGCCAGAUUCACCGACGAUUCUCACCCGGCUUAUUACCUUCCCCCCGGUCGUCCUAUCCACGUCUAUGCAUACGGACCACCCGCGGCAAUGUCACCAUUCCUUCGCCGCGCAACACGCGGACUAGUGACCACUGUCGUAAAUGGUCAAGACGUGGUACCCUGCCUUUCUCUUGGUAUUCUCCAUGAUUUGCAUACAACAGCACUGGAGUUCAAAGGAGAUACCUCCGAAGCCAAAUCUAAUGUCCGUCUUCGUGUCUGGGAAAAUCUGCGGCAAAGUAUAGUCAACAAAUUCUACGUCCACGAGGCGCCAAUGCUCCUUAAUGCCGGUGAUGGUUUAGGCGAAGAUGCCUGGGCAUGGAAAACUCUGAAAUCUCUCAGAGAAUCCAUGUGUGCACCUAAAUUAGUACCUCCAGGAGAGGUUUUCGUAGUUGAAACCAUGCGGGUGCUGCAGCGGAGUGCCUUUACCUCUGAUGUUGGGGAAGAUGGUUCCUUGCGGCUCGGAAAACCAGCAACCAGAGUGCAACUAAAGUUCAUUCGUGACGUUGAAUCUCGGUUUGGAGAAUUGCGAUUCGGCUCCGGCAUGUUCAGUGACCACAACCCAGCAAGAUACGAAGCUAGCCUCGUGGCUCUCACACGGGGCAUUUUGGAUGACUAACGCGCCAUGACCGCCAAUAUGAAUAUCUCUCCGUACACGCCGAUUUCUCUAGAUCUAUGGACUUUUCUCAAUGAUUUCCUUUUUCAAUUAUCGGGUGAAGAUUGAGCAGACCUGUAUAUACCCAUGUGGAUCUUUGAUUUAUACUCCAAGAUAAGAGUAGACUAGAAUACAAUAUAUCCGAUCUGGUUGACUG